AUGGCCGUUUGCGAAGCCUGGGCACAACGUCUGACAACAUUUUGGAAAAAAUGGAAGCCGACCUACAUAGAACUCAAAGUGAAUGGAGAGUUUGCCUAUUUUGAUAGCAAAGGAGGCAAGGAAGAAGAUAGAUUGCACAUCUUAGAAGAUGAUGUUAGCCUACGAAUUGGUGUUCCUCCUAGUGAACCACUGCCUCGUGGUGCUAAUAAUAAUAGUGUUAUGAUCCUGAGAGAAGAAGAUGGUAGAGAAUCAGUAUUUCUAAUGAAUUCGCCAGAGGAAGCAAAGUUCUGGAAAGAACAAAUCGAGCGUACCAGGGAAGCUUUAAUGAACGCUUUACCAAGUAAAAAGGAUAAGGGCAAGAAAGAAAAAAAGCCAAAGCAAUCCGCUCCACCUGCUCAACCUCCUCCAUACGCUGGAGGUCAAUUACCAGGUUACCCUCCUCAAAAUCCUGCCGGAUACCCUGGUCAGUAUCCUCCUCCUCAACCUGGCCAGUACCCUCCUCAACCUGGCCAGUAUCCUCCUCAACCUGGUCAGUAUCCUCCGCAACCUGGUCAAUAUCCUCCUCAGCCAGGUCAAUAUCCGCAACAAGGAGCAUACCCUCAGCAAGGUGGAUAUCCUCCACAAGGCGCUUAUCCGCAACAAGGUGGAUACUACCCACAAGGUGCCUAUCCACCUCAAGCUCAGCAGGCUCCACCACCUCAGCCAACGGGUGGCGUUACUGUUGUUACUGAGCAUCAUCAUCAUCAUCGUGGUGGGGGUGGAGCUGGAAAGGGAGCUGCUGUUGGACUCGUCGCGGGGGUAGCCGCUGGUGCCAUAAUUGCUGAUGCUUUGCAUCGUUCCUCAUCUUCGUCCUCAUCUUCGUCCUCAUCGUCGUCCUCGAGUUCAAGUUCAGGUUCUUGGUAACUUGCUGGUUUAGGAUUUUAACCUCUCAAACUGAUCGAGAUAUCGCACGAGAUACAUUAGCAGUACACAGCAUAAUUGUAACGUAAAAAUUUUUAUUUUAUAUUAUUUUUAAUGAUACUACUGAGACCUUUUCAUAAUUCCCUCAGACAAGCUAACUUUAAUAUUUAAAACUGUUACCUGAGCGCAUACAUACAUCGUUUAUUAUGUUAUCUUCAAUCAUAUACAAAUAUCAUAUUGUAACAUGUUUAUUCUAUUUUUCUAUUCGUACAUUAUUUUCGAUCAUAAUUAUUUCAACUUAGAAGGACAAGUACUCAAUACAAAAGAAAAUAUCUCGGCUUGUUAUUUUGGUUUCCGAUCAUUUGAAUGAUACUUUUUUCUGCAUUGAUAUCGUUUGGCCUACCCACAGUUAAUGUUCAUUUUAUCAUAACUACGAUAUAACCUACG